AUGUCAAGUGUCGAGGUCGAGGUCGAGGCCGAGGCCACGCUCGGUUCUGUCACGCUGGAGCUGGCAAAUGAGGGUACAAGUUACUUAGACCUUGCCGCAGUCGGCGCGGUAGAAGGUGAACGAGUGCCGUGUGGCAAAGCCAAGCCAAGCCAAUUCAUCCACAGUCUGACCAAGGCGGUAAACAUGCCCCGACCGGGACUGGCGGGAGACAUGGCCACGACGACAGACGGGCAGCGCCGUUCACAACCAUACCUGCGCGUUGCGGCCCCCAAGCACACACACACAUGGGCAUACACAAACAAUUCCAGACAUAAUAAGCUCCUUUAG